UUGGUCAACUUUUCGUUAACUAUUUAACAACAAAAAACAAUCCCAUAAUGCAGUGUGCUACAUCCUGUACAGUAAUCCAAGAUGGCCGAAAUUCAAGAGGUACAAUCACAAACUCUGAGUGAAAACCAAAAAAUAAAGCAUGCCAGGAUAUCUUACUUUUCAUGCAAUGAAAUAUCUGUCCUUGUGGCAGCAUAUAGUAAGAAUAAAGGCCUGCUUGAAGGCACCAAAAUUCCAAACAAUGUAAAGAACAGGAUCUGGGAGGGCAUUGCUCUCAAAGUUUCAGAGGCUGGCAAUGCCUUAAGAACCACCAAAGAGGAAAAAACAAAAUGGUUCAACCUCUCUCGUAUUUCUAAGCAGACACACAGUGACUUCAAGCAGUCUUUUAACAAACCUGGAGGUGGACCACCACUUAAUUCGCCCAAGGUCAAAGAUAUAAUUGACCUCAACACUGAUUCGGAGAAUUUUUGUGGGAUAGAUGGUGGUUUGGAGACCGAAAUUUGUUUUGAUUACAUCACUGAUAAUACAGUUACCAGCAAUGAAGGGUGUCAGAUAGACAGUGCAAAUAUGGAGGCUGGUAACACAUCAACAGUAUCUGAUGAAGUUGAAGUCAUUCAUCCAGAAAAUGCGAAUGUUGAAAUAGCGCAGGAGACUAAAACUGAUAGCUCAGACAUGACCAGCCAAAAUAAGAGACAUCAGACAUGUAAUGAGAACCAGAAGCAGAAAAAGUAACUAUAAUAUUUUUACACACUUGUAUUUUAUCCAUGAUAAUUGCAUAAUUUCUUCAAAGAAGUUUUGCCUUCAAAUGCAUCAAUAUCUCUAUAGAGUGAAUGUAGACUUAAUACUUAAAGCUAUUUCUAGAGCAGCAUCUCUUUUUUCUGAUUACCUAUAAUUGAAUUGGUAAACAAUAUCUGAGCUCUCAUAAGAUUUUCCUUUGCAAUAUGUUUCAAAGAAUUAUUAUAGUAAAGGAAUUUUUACUUUUCUAAAUCAAGGUAUAUGACUGUUUUUAAAUAUUUGUUUUCUUAUGUAACUAAAAAUCAGUAGUAUCGGAACAUUUAGAAUACAUUGUUUAUGUAAAGAAAGUGAAAUAUGUUAUUUCAUAAUUGUAAUACAGCAUAUACAUACGGAAGACAGACAAAACCCCACACAUCAAAACCCAACACCUAAAAAAUUU